AUGGCUAUGCUCCAUGCUCCCAACCUGCGUCCAGGGCCGCCAUGGGGAGGUGCACAUGGCCGUCUUGUUGCUGCCUGCUGUUCCACAGUCGACGAAUCACGAAUGCUAAUGGAGGAAGAAUGCGAAGAGGCACCAUCGUACAUCCACAUUGACAGCAACAAUUUUUCCUACAGAAAGCACAAGAGGCAGACAGAGGAGGACAUAGCUGUGUGUGAGUGCCAGUAUGAUAUCUUGGAUCCAGAGAGUCCAUGUGGAGACCGGUGCUUGAACUUAUUGACUAACACAGAAUGCACGCCUGGCUAUUGCCGCUGUGGUGUGUACUGCAAGAAUCAGCGGUUCCAAAAAUCUCAAUAUGCCAGGACAAGACUUGUAAGAACUGAAGGGCGUGGAUGGGGCCUUGUGGCUGAUGAGAAUAUUAUGGCUGGUCAAUUUGUUAUUGAAUAUUGUGGAGAAGUAAUAUCAUGGAAGGAAGCCAAACGGAGAGCUCAAACUUAUGAAACCCAGGGUUUAAAGGAUGCCUAUAUCAUUUACCUCAAUGCUGAUGAGUCAAUUGAUGCAACAAGAAAAGGGAACCUUGCGAGAUUCAUCAACCAUUCAUGCCAACCGAAUUGUGAGACAAGGAAAUGGAAUGUCCUUGGGGAAGUAAGAGUUGGAAUCUUUGCAAAGCAAAACAUUCCGUUUGGAACGGAAUUAUCCUAUGACUACAAUUUUGAGUGGUAUGGUGGUGUGAUGGUGCGGUGCCUCUGUGGAGCUGCCAGCUGUUCUGGGUUUCUUGGGGCUAAAUCACGUGGUUUCCAGGAGGCCACGUACCUGUGGGAAGAUGAUGAUGACAGGUUUUCUGUUGAGAAUAUCCCUCUUUAUGAUUCUGCUGAUGACGAACCUACAAGCAUUAACAAGGACAUCCUCUUAUCAAGUCAUGGCAUGGUUACCGAAUACAGCAACAUCAGCACAGUCCAGAGUACCGAGAAUCCUGGAAACGCUGGAACAAAUGAAUUUGCACCAAUUAUUGUCGACGAACUGACAGAAAGCUCAAAUGGAUUAGCACCAAUGAAUAUUGAACCAUUGACUGCAAGCUCAAAUCAAUUCACACCAAUGACUAUUGAGCCAUUGAAUGCCAUGCCAAUGGUAGCUCAUUUAGUCGAGAAUGGGUCAACUGCAUAUAGCGUACAAGACCCUCAUGACGUUUCUCAGAAUUCAGUGUCCAAAGCUGCAAAUCAUGCGAAUCAAACUGGAUCUCAAAACAACAGCAACCAUUCAGCGUUGGUCCCUGUAAAGCCCGCACCGAAACGUCGUGGUAGGAAACCUAAACGCGUUGUGCACAAGCAGCUGGAUAUUCCAGAUAUUUGUGACCGGCUUACAUCAUCUGUGGCGUGCGAAGAAAUACUGUAUUGUGAGGAAGUGAAGAAUCAGGCUGUUUCUGAAAUCGACGCCCUGUAUGACGAGAUAAGGCCUGCGGUUGAAGAGCAUGAGAGGGAUAGCCAAGAUAGCGUCUCCACAAGCCUCGCGGAGAAGUGGAUCGAGGCCAGCUGCUGCAAGUACAAAGCCGAAUUCGACCUAUAUGCUGCAAUAAUCAAGAACAUUGCCUCCACACCACUAAGAUCGAAGGAUGACGUGGCCCCGAGAGAGCAGAACGGAUUGAAGUACUUGGAGAACGGUUCAUGA